AUGGCGAGAAGUUUGUGUCUUUUAUCCGCGUUAGUUUCGCUUCUGAUCUCGGAGCAAGUUUUCGCCGAUGAGGGUUUAGGUGUCUUAGAUAAGUGUAAGAAGAGUUGUGAGCGAAGCUACCCGUUGCACACUUAUCCAAAGGUGAGUUUGAAGAAUCAUUCCCAAGUUGUUUUGUUGUGCAAUUUUUUUGUCUUGUAAAUAUCGAACCAUGCAGUGUACACAUGGAAUCCAACGAACAUCCCCAACUUCAUGCGUUUGUUCUUGCUUUUUCUGUCCGCAACUGGAGUGAUUUCUAUCGUAUUGAUGCUUAUAUUUCAUAGGAGGAGCCUUUGCUUGCUUGUAAACAAGGGUGUAGACUAUCUGUGAUCGAACAGCUGAACGGAGGCCCCACAAAGAAUUAUACUCAAGCGUGUAAAGCAGGUAUAAAAUACGUUCUUUUUACCGAUUAAACGUACUUUUCUUGGUUUUCUCGAGUAGUUCUUUUACCUCCCCUGAAACUGAAGUUUACUGAGAACAUCUUUUAAUAUCUAAACUUGUGCAACUUGCGAUAAAUAUUCGAUAAUUACGUGUAUAAAGCUUAUAAGUAGAAUUUUACAUUACCUUUGUGAAGAAUUGUAUGGUAUUAAUUCAACGUCUAACCAGACCCAAUCAAGCUAAGAUUACUGAAAGGUACGUUCUGGAGAGAGACGAUCUCGCCUCAAAGCAUAGGCAAUAGUAUAGAUUAGAUCCCAAAUUCAUCAGUGUCCGUUUUAGAAAUAUUCUUUGAUAAUUUUCGUUGCUUGGAAACAUGAUAUUCCCUCAACGGCAUUCAUUCCCUUUUCGUCUUCAAAAUGUAACCCCCCCCCCAACUAUACAAGACAAGGUGUUCAUUAGGCAUCGGAGAUCAGAGAAUUAUCUGUUUACUAUGCAUAAUUCUCCGACUGUACCUUAUGAUCUUUUUUUAUUCAGACAUGAAGCCUCUUUCAAAAUAUUCUCCUGUAACGUUACAACUUUCUCCUACUAGUAGAAUUCUUAAUGAAAACCCUGCAAAAUGGGGCAGGGAACUGGAAGGUUUGCAACUUUCUCCUUCUUUUAAAGGUUCAUGUCCUUACUUCUCAUAAAACUGUUUUCACCUAAGAAUACCCCACUUUUGGUGAAUGAAUGCAUUCUAGAGGCUCACGAUUAAUUCUGACAAGCAACAUGGCCUUGAAACAGUAACUAAAGACAGCUGAAGUGGUGAAAAAUGGUGCAAAAACAGGACUGAAGCUGCACAAGCAACAAAUACCAUCACAUCCAAAUACAGAGGUAGAAUAGUCGCUCACAUGACAGAGACAUGGUUUUUACAUCAAUACGUGAAACACAGGGUUUUGAAAUUCAGACCAGCGACAUGUGACUCUCCCCUGCCCCACCCUAUACUAAAAGGACUUCACUAUUCCUUACCUCAUUGUUUUUUAGACAAAAUUGGCGUUUAUAUAUUCGUUUUUCUUCAGGCUGUGCAGAAAGUUAUAGGGACAAAGAAAACAGCUAUGCUUGUGUUGUUGGCUGCAACUCGCAAGAUGCUAUUCCAUCACCAGACUCAUACUCAGAGGUAUUACAUAAGACAUCAAUUUCAAAAGUAAUUAAGUAAUAAUAUCAUUAGAAAUUGCGCAGUACAGAGGAACCCAGCCUUACGACCACGUCAUUAUAGCCUUAAAAUCAUUCUGUCGUCAGUAAACUUAGGCAACAGGAUGGGAGAGGAAGAUGACAGCCAACCUUAUGUGACAAGUGUGACAAUUAGUUUGUUUGAAAAAACCUUCCGCCAAACUUCACAUUCCUUUGAAGAGAUCUUUUUGUAGAAGGCAAAAAACAUCAAUGUUAAAUGAAUUCCGACAAAACAUGCAAGUAAUAGCCUGGUCAUGUUUGUCACACUCAAGCGUUUUGCCAUCCUCCUUUUUCUGCCGUCCUAUUGUGUUAACUCACUAUGUUCUUUUCCGAAAACCUUGUUCAAUUCAACACCGCUUUGAGCCCAACUUUUUUCCAACUCGGCUUUCAACCAAAAAUAUUAUCAUAAAGUGGGUUGGGUAAGCUCUUGCUGUGAGAGCUUUUUCUCUAAGUACUAUGAUUUUCCCCUCUCUUUAAAACCAACACUUCCAAGUUCCAAUUCAAUCUGGAAUGGACAGACGUGUUUAAACUACUUUUUUAAGAACUCUUAAUUGCUACAUGGGUAAACAAGUUACAAUAAUAAUAAUUUAUUAUUAUUUAGAGUAUUUUUUUUAUUUUCUUGGUAUUUCUUGAAACUUUCUAUUUUCUAUGUUUUUCUUGAAACUUCUAGGAAUAUUUUCCUGAUCAGUGGAGUUUCCGUACAUACAUGGUGUAUGUCUACCCAGUUCUUGACUUUAGCAAGUACUGUCAUGGCUUCAUGAACAGAGUAGGCUACUACUACAGGAUGUCAGCCUCAUACUAUUAUAACUAUGGUGACAGCAAUAGCCUUAUAGUUGAAAUUAAUGAGCAGCCUCGUGAGUUCAUCAGUGUUCCUAAAUUUGAUGAGGUAGACUUUGUUGAGAAUGAUGGUGCUCAGGAUAGCAGCUAUAGUGGUUAGUAACCAGUAUUCAAGUUACAGUUAGCAAUUGUAAUUUGCUGUAAUGUAAUUUUUGAACCUGAAAAAUAUGAAUCAUUGAUAAUGUCAAUAGGAGUGAGUGUAGUCCAAUUCGGUCUGCAAUACUAGAGAGCUUUAGAUUCUAAGACGAGUACGACUACGAGUACGAGAUUUUCUCAUUACUAAGUAGUGCUCAUGCGUGAACCAGCGUGAUUUUGGCACGAAAACGUGGUAGCUGUCGUCAUUCUGCUAUGAGUUUUAGCGAGAAUGUUGAAGUAGCGGAAACAAGUUAUCAAAUGUUAGAAGUUUUAUCAUACUGCGAUCGGUAGAGGGUGCAACCUCCUUAUGGAAAGGUAACAGCACUAACUUUUCUAGUGAAAAAUGGUAAAAUGAAGCUUUCUGAGGAGUCUAUAUUUUGAGAAUAUGCGAAAAAACUUGAAGUCAAAUCUUGUACUCGCAGUCGUUCUUGUCCUUGAAUCCAGAGGUCUAAUAUGAGUGAUCAACAAAAUCAGACAACCGUGUGGCAGAAGUCCGAAGAUGGAUUGAAACACACCAAUGGCAGUCUUCAUAGCCAACAACAUCAUGUUUUAAUAACUGAGAGAUGACCAAUAGCAUGGUGACUUAACUGACCAAUCAGGUCAAUAACCAGAGUUUAAUUCCAUCAACUGAUGUGAUACAACUCACUUUGACUCUGAAGAUGACAGCUGCACAAGUUGUCAAAAUGUCAGUCACUGUCAGAAACAAUCCUGUUUGGGACUGCAAUCACUCACAAUUAUGCUUCUCCUACUUUUAAGGUCACUACUAUUGCAAUGCAGAGCAAUAAUUGGUUAUAUUGAAUUGAUCAACAGUAUUUUAACUAUUGCAAUAAUAAAUAAAAACAUUGAUAUUCAAUAUUUUAUACUACUACAUGAGAAAUUUCUGCAAUCUGAUCGGCUUAGAGCAUAUGUGAAAAUUACAAACCUUUUGCAGGUAGUAGUAUAAACAAAUAAUAGCAUGAUUUGUACGUGAUAUUUGGCAUAAAUACCACUAGUGAUAUUUCAAAAUUGUCUCAAUUUUCACUCGCCUAACAGCUCGUGAAAUUACAUAUAACAAUUUCGAAAUAUCACUCGUGGUAUUUAUGCCAAAUAUCACUACACAUCAUUUUAUUACCUUUACUAAUUCAACCUGCUCUGUAGAUGGCGAUGAUUCCUAUUCAAGUGAUGUCGUCCACAAGGGUCACCAGUGGUUAAGAUGUGUGUCUCAGCGGUCUGGACUUCCUUUCUGGUUGUUGACCUCAACCCUCUUUCUGUCCAUAUUUUUCCUGAUAUGGCUCUGUUGUGCCACCGCUACCACAGCCCCAAGAGAAGUUGGCAAGGUAUAUUCUUGUGGGGCAGUUUGUCUUUAUUCCUAGGUUUUUAUUUUUUAGAGGUUAAAAUUUGUGGUUAAUGAAAGAAGACAAAAUCUCUGGAUUGUUGUUUGCGUCAAAUGUAAUAUAACAUCUUCAAAUUUGACUGCAAUGGUUGAAAAAAUAAAUUUUGAUUUUUUUAAACCUAUUAUACCAUAUAGCAUAAAGUGUCCCUCUUUUGUAGCGAGAGAGUUGGAAUAAAGUCAGCUCGUCUUCCGCUUCACCAGCAUUGGUGUUGUCAGAUAAUAAGGUCCCUAUUAUUACUGACAGUGGAACCUCAAUGUAAUAAACCUCUAUGAUAUAACUAAGUCUUCCGUAUGACAAACAAUAUUCUUCACCCAAGAAAUACAGGGUUGCCACGGUCACGGAAAAGUCAGGGAAAAACGAAAAUUUUUCAAGGUCAGGGAAAAGUCAGGGAAAAUCUUUGAUAUUGUCAAAGUCAGUGAAAAGUCAGAGAAUUCUGUUUUCCGGUUUAUAGUUCAUAAGUUUUCCUCAAGAUUUUGAAAUGAAUUUCCUUUCGGAGAAGAUGAAAACUGUGCUGCAAAGCAAACAAAGUGAUCAAUUUGACACUCUACGCCUGACACAUGUAGUAGUUGAGGUCAGUGGUUUUCUUUCUGAAUGCUUUCUUCCAAAUUCCUUCUUCCUCUUUCUGCGUAUAGCGGUGAGAGGUUGAAAAUGAAGAGAAAAAUAUUGAUGGCCUGCAAAAAAAGCUAAAGCGAAUGUAAACAUGGAUUGUUUCUCAUUAAUGAAAGGUCAGUGAAAACUGUUCGAAGGUCAGUGAAAAUCAGGGAAUUUUUAACUUUCUGAUGAGUGGCAACCCUGAAAUAGUAAAAUAUAAAAGAACCUCAUUAUGACAAAACCUCUUUAUGGCAAGCAAAUUUUGCCUGUCCUUUGGGCCUUCAUUAUAAAAUUGUUCCACUGUACUCAGUUGGAGUGGCGCACUAACUCUAUCUUCUCGGCUUUUCUUUUUAAAGCCUUCCAUUGUUCGUGAACUCAUGUUACUGGAUGAUGACAGUUUACUGGAGAAGUUGCCUCUGGUUAAAGCUGAUGAGAACGAAGAAGCAGCCCCUCUGCCUGUUAAAGUGCACAUCGAUGCAACUACUCUUUGAUGAGAGAAACUAACAGUUUUCUUUAUCAAACUUUACUUUAAGGGACAAGAAUUCUUAACUUGUUUAACUUUUCAAUUUAAAUGUGGGAGUUUCUGCAUACGUGUUUUUCUUUUAUCAGUCUGUAUCUAAUGUGUUUUGCUAAUUGCAUGGUUGUCACUAAGAUUUCAAGUUGCCGGGUAAAUACAACAAGUAGGCGGGGAAUCAAACAACUAGGGGUUUCUGUUGGGUCUAUUUUUCUUUCCUUUGAAAGUAGCCAGGGGCCAUGUUGGUAGUAGCUGGGGGAAAUCCCCGGCCCCCACCUCUUAAUGACACCCCUGUAAUUGGAUAUUAAAUUCCUUUAUAGUUUGAUUUUUUUUGCGGGUUUCAGUUGCCAUUCAUUUGUUUAUGAACAAGAGAAAUGACAGUGUUUUACCAAAUCCAUAUUCAGUA